GGCUGUGCGCUUGGGGUGAAAGGUCACGGAACCGGUGCGGAAAAGGACGCCCUUAAACCUUGCUUCGAUCUGCUGUUUCGCGAGGAGUGGCAGCUAUCCUGAGAGGGAACCUCGGCAACACGAAAAUGGCGAAGAAGCGGAGAGGGAAGCAAGAGGCGGACGUCGAUACGACGGAAAAGCUAUCGGAGAAGGAUACGAAGCCAGGGGGCGAUUCUUUGAAAGGGUUUGUAUCCUCUAAAGGAGGCUCCGCUCGCAUGUCUCUCCUUAUUCUGCUCUUCAUCUUCACGUGCGCUGCCUCCGUCAUGUAUCUAGUGUACCAGAAUUUCCCAGAGCUCAGUGAAGACGAGCGAGAAAAGAUGAAGAUCCCCAAAGAUAUGGACGAUGCCAAGGCCUUGGGCACAGUACUAUCCAAAUACAAGGACACUUACUACACCCAAGUGCUCAUCGCUUACUUCGCUACAUACAUCUUCCUUCAAACCUUUGCCAUCCCCGGCUCCAUUUUCCUCAGUAUCCUCUCUGGCUACCUCUACCCCUUCCCCCUGGCCCUCUUUCUGGUCUGCCUGUGUUCUGGGCUGGGAGCUUCCUUCUGCUACAUGCUGUCGUACUUGGUGGGAAGGCCGGUCGUGCAUAAGUACCUGACUGAGAAAGCUCAGAAAUGGUCUCAGCAGGUGGACAAGCACAGAGAACAUCUGAUUAAUUACAUAAUCUUCCUCCGAAUCACACCCUUCCUCCCCAACUGGUUUAUUAACAUCACUUCUCCAGUCAUCAACGUUCCCCUAGGUGUCUUCUUCCUAGGGACUUUCUUUGGAGUAGCCCCUCCAUCCUUCGUGGCGAUCAAUGCCGGCACCACCUUAUACAAGCUGACCACAGCUGGGGAGGCCGUAUCCUGGAAUUCUCUGGCUGUGCUCGGGGUACUAGCUGUGCUUUCCAUCCUGCCCGUCUGCUUCCAGAAGAAGCUUCAGCAGAAGCUGGAGUAGGCCGUCCCACCUCACUCUGCUUCACCCAGCCCAAACCCUGCAACCGUAAGCAGUUUGGAAGCUCCCCUUGGAAGCGGCUGAGUCUCCAUGGAUUUUUGCCGCUGGUACUUUCGCCACUUCUCUCCUUUUCUCUAUCUGUUGACUCAAGUGUUUCUCAAGAUGCUUUUGGAUUUUCACCCAUCAGCCUUUGAGCUCCAGGUGCUGCUACGCAAAUGGGACCCCCCCCCCCCCGUCCUCGUAGUCAAUGAAGGACAGUCUUUCUUUGUCCACACCAAAACCUGCUAUUACCAUUUACUUUUAGUUUUCAAAUUAAAGAAUAGAACAUUUGUAUAUAUUUUUUCCAGGUCAUUAUCCUCAGAAAUGUUUAACUCUUCUAUGAAACUUUAAUGGAAUUUAAAAAAAAAAAGUUUUAAGGUUUAAUAUAUAUGUAAUACUUGUCCUUUUACGGGAGCUUCUGCACACCAUGUGUAACUUAAGCAAUAUCUCUACUGGUCUGACUUAUUUAUGUGACUGAAAUGACUGGGCAUUUUUGCUAUGGAUUGUCAUUCUGAUUCAGUGUCAUUAAUUUUAUUAGAUUUCUGCAUAAUUAUCUUUGAUUCGUUGGUUGUUAGACACCAGGUGUUCAGAAAUGACAUUCUUUGCGACUUCUGAUGAGACUUGCGUGCAUUUAACAGUGGAUAACAUUUUAGCAUCAAUUUAAAUGACUCCUUCCGACCACCCAAGAGGCCAACUCCAGGCUGCAAGAUAUACAUUUAGAUGUUUUAUUUUGUUAUUAUUUUUAUGUAGGAUAUCGGCCCUCGCUGGUAAUGUGCGAUUUAGAGAUGGUUGCUUUUGGCUUUAUGAAUUAAUAUGAAAAUAGUGACCUAAAAAGUAUGACUGCUUAAGUUCACUCCUGUGGUUAUGCAGUCCUGUAAUAUUUGGUCAUUCAUGUAUUCAAUUUAAGUUCAAUUCAAUUUUAAAUUUAAAUUUGUAUCUAAUUUUGACCUUAAAGAAUUUUGCAAUUACCUGUCAUUUGUCGAAUACACUACUGAUUACCCUGUAGGGUAACCCCAGAGUAUCAAGUACCCUGUUUUUUCUCGCUUGUCUCAGUUUUUGCCCUCUUACAUAUAUAUAAUGUCUUCUUAUUUAUAAUAUGACAGAAAGUAGCUGAUCUAAACCCAUUCGCAUCAUUAUGAAUCGAUUUUAUCAAUCUGCUGGUUAAACUUUAAAUGUAUGGCGACGUACUUCAAAAAGUUUCGGUUUAAUUACUGGUCUUAACUUUUUCAUGGUGUGCGUUCAGUUAAUGUAUUAAAAAUACCAAUAUAGCCUUCUAAAGAGUUCUGAGAAUUUGAGUAAUGUUGUUCUUACAUGAACAGGGUCUAAAUGUCAAGAUUGCUGAGAGUAUCUUUGUCGCGACAGCCUUACUGGAACGACGCUGUCUGAUCACUGUGUCCUAUAGUGCUUGGUUCUGAUUACUGAUGCUCAUUGACAAACACUGUGUCAUAUCUAAUUGCAUGGAAAGGUUUUGCCAGCAUGGCGGCCAGCAGUGAUCACGUUGUAAAAAUUAAUUAAAGGAGGAUGGAGUCGGAUUUUUGCAGGGCACUGGGAGAUCCUGUCUUUACACAGACGGAAGGCAUCCACAUGCAUCCCAGUAUGACUCGCGGUCUGUUGGCCAGUUAUGUCACUGGGGAAGGAGGGUUGUCCAUGCUCCUAUGCGUACGUUCACGUGGCAUGGGACAUGUGUGAGGACUUUAAUGCUGCUGUGUCUAGUAGGGUUGGAAAUCUCGAUUCUUUUCAGCGAAUCUCUUCGUAUAAGUUCCUCCAAUUUAGAUUCGUUCAGAUUCAUUCACUGAUUCUUUCAAUUGUGAAACAUACCCUUUCUAAAUCAGGGAGUGGCUUGUUUUUAUUUUUAGGUCGAUUAUAUGUGUCUGUGAUUAUAAAUGUGUAUAUUUGUUUUAAAUGUAACCUUUAAUAAUUAUUUAUAACUUCCGUUAUAGUAGCCAUACUGAACAUCGGAUGUCAUUGAAAGAACUGAACAAAUUACUGCAGUAAUCCAUUUCAUUUGCUUGAAGUAUUCAUUCAAAAACAACAAAUUAUUCUUGCACAAUAAGUAUUGUCUCGAUCUGAAUUCGCAGCUGAAAUAAUGUUUUGCCUUUUGAUUUAUAUUCUGAUUCCUUUGUAAUACAGUAACUAUUCACUUGUGUUUUGUUUUUCAAUGCAGACUAGCCUUAAGAUUAUAGUAUGUGUAACACCCUCUAAUAUGAUUUAAAAAUGUUUGUUUUUACCGAUAAUGAUUCAAGUCUCCAUUUUAUUUUGCAUCAAUUAAGCCCUAAUCAGCGGCUGUAGUAUUUCAGUGGCGUUGUCACAUUCUUCUUUUCUGUGCUCUUUUUGUCGUGUAGAAAGUGAUAAUGUUGUCUUCCAUUUCGCCAUGUCAGAUUACCAUGUGCAACAAUGUGACGUUCCAUUGAAUAUUUCAAUGUAUUAUCACAGUAUUGCAUUAAAAAUGUAUUGCAGUAUGGUGAGAAUGUUUCCCAUCCGUACGACACCCUAAUUUUUUAAUAUUAAACAAAUGAAAUGAAAAAUGUAAA